GCCACGUCAGUGGUCGGACUCCCACCCCCACCCUGCAAACCCCAUCCACUUCACAAUCUUCUUGCUCACAGUAUACAACAAGAGAGGGGGGAAACAGAAAUCUUUAAUGAUAGAGAUUGAACAAAGAUUGUAUUUUUGUUUCAGUUUCAGGAAUGGGGAGGAAAUCAAGCUGGCUUUCUGCUUUGAAGAAAGCUUUGAGUUCAGAAACUAAGAAGAAAGAUAAGGUUGUUCAUAAAUCAAAAUGGUUUGGGAAAGAAAAGAGGGCAGAUUUGGAAAUCCAUGUAACCAUUCCCCCUACGGACCAAGAGAAAUUGAUGGAAGCGAAGAAUGAACAGAACAAGCAUGCUUACUCGGUAGCUAUAGCCACUGCCGCAGCUGCCGAAGCGGCUGUUGCAGCCGCUCAGGCAGCUGCAGAGGUUGUUCGCCUCACAUCUGCAGCCCGUUACUUGGGUAAAUCAAACGAAGAGAUAGCUGCUAUCAAAAUACAAACCGCUUUUCGCGGAUACAUGACUAGGAGAGCAUUGCGAGGUCUGAAAGGUUUAGUGAGGUUGAAAACAAUGCUUCACGGGCAAUGUGUGAAACGACAAGUCGCCUCCACCUUAAAGUGUUUGCAAACAAUAGCUCGUGUGCAGUCUGAAGUUCGCUCUACAAGAUUAAGAAUGUGGGAGGAGGAGGAACAUGCUCUCCAAAGACAGCUCCAGCAAAAGUGGCACGCGGACGAGAUUGAGAAAUUAAGAGUAGUUCAUUGCAGUGAAUAUUGGGAUGUUAGUGCACAGUCUAAAGAGCAGAUUGAAGCAAAACUGCAGAAUAAACACGAUGCUACCAAACGUAGGGAAAGGGCAUUGGCUUAUUAUGCUUAUGCUCAUCAGACACUGAGGAACUCCCCAAGAUCCAUGAACCAGACGAUCAUGGACCCAAAUAACCCCCAUUGGGGUUGGAGUUUGUUUGAGCGGUGGAUGGCUGCCCGACCGCAGGAGAGCAAAAGCUCUUCCUGUAAUGAGCUAACAGAUGCUUCUACUCCAUUACAUAGACCAAACAAAGAAUACCGCUUGCAUCAUAGCUUACAAUGGCCUUCUACACCCACCACUAAGUCCAAAAGAAUGCGGCCUCAAAGCCCGAGGACAGGCUAUGCAGACGACGAUUGGAGAAGCAUGGGGAGUGUUCAAUCAGAACGUUGCCCAAGGUAUAGUAUUGCAGGGUCAUCAUCAAUGAGAGAUGACAUUAGCCUUACCAGUUUGCCCGCAAUUCCCGGUUAUAUGACUCUAACUGAAUCAGCAAAGGCAAGAUCACGUUUUCCAAAUCACUUGUCAUAUUCUGAGAAGGGAACAUCAAUAGGUUCUGUAAGUAAACGUCUGUCUUUCUCCGGAUCCUCUGGUGGACUAAGGAGGCAUUCUGUUCCAUCCAAGGCAGAUAUAAGCUUUAGUAAUUACCUUAAAGUAGUUUCCUAAGGGCCAGUUUGGACGGAGGGGUUUUGGAGGGAAAGUUUGAUGAGUUUACUUGGUUUAGUUUAUAUCUUCAUGUAUAUAGAAUGUUAAAAGAUGACUCCAAAUGUUAUAUGGCCAUAUUUUAUGUUAUCACUUCAAUCUAUAUAAAACUUCAACUACCAUCUACGGAGUAUAAUUGUACACUUUAAA